AUGGCCGAAUUUCAACAAUUUGGGCGUCUGGUUGCGCAAAUGCUUGACACAGACAACACGAAGCGAAAAGAAGCCGAGGACCAAUAUGAAAAGAUCGACCUUUCACAGAAGAUCACCCUCUUGUUUCAACUCUACUUGGAGCGCUCUGCCUCGGAAGAUAUUCGGUCAAUGGCUCUUGUUUUGACGCGACGCCUAUGGGAUUUCGACUUCGAGGCCGCUUUGAAGGUGCUGAGUGCCGAACAACAAGGUCAAUACAUCGAGGGAAUCUUGCAUGCGGCCACCGAGGAGCCAUCGCUUCAAUUGCAAAAGAAGUUAGCCGAUGUCAUCUCGCAAUUUGCAAUGAACAUGAUUGAUGAGGAAAGUGGCGUCCAGAAGUGUGGGAAGAUCAUUCAAUUCAUCGAGCACUGCAACUCGUCUGCCAAUGCGAAUUUGAAAGUUGUGGCGAUGUCGAUUAUCGAAGAAGUGCCAAACGUCUUUGGACUUGAUCAGGACAAGUACUUGCCAGGGAUCAAAGCCAUCUUCCAAGCGUGUUUGGUCCACGAAGCGGUCUAUGUUCGCUCGGCUGCUGUUAAAGCGUUUUUUUAUACUUUACUGAUUUGGGUUUGCCAACAUAUUGUCACUACAUCGGAAGACGAUGAUGUCCCUCUACAAUCACUUUGCGACUUGGUCACCACUGUGCCUAAAACGUUGACGCCAUACCUGAACGACAUCUUGGUGUUCGCGCUUACGACCGUGAAGAACACCGAAUUGGAGGAGUCCUACCGCCAUACGUCUCUGGAGAUCAUCGCGUCUUUCUGCGAGGCAGCACCAAACAUGAUCAAGAAAAGAGCCGCUCAGCUCAUUCCAACAAUGUUGGAAGUUUGUAUUCUCUCUAUGACGGACUUGGAAGAUGACACAGAAGAUUGGCUUUCCGUGGAUGAUGCUGACGAGGAUGUCGAAGAAGAUAAUGCUGCUCUUGGAGAAACGUCAUUGGAUCGAAUCUGCUGUGCUUUGGGCGGCAAGGCCACUUUUCAGCCGGCGUUGGCAAUUGUUUCACAACUUCUCAACAAUGGUGAUUGGAAGAAGCGGCAUGCGGCCAUUUUCACACUAUCGACAAUUGGCGAGGGUUGCAAAUCGGUGAUGGAGGCAAAGAUUGUGGAAAUUGUUGAGAAAGUUAUUCCAUACCUUCUUGAUGAGCAUCCACGUGUUCGUUACGCAGCCUGCAACGCCUUGGGACAAAUGUCGACCGAUUUUGAACCUACUCUUCAGAAGAAAUGCCACGAGAAGGUUGUACCUGCUCUUGUUCACACUCUAUUGGACUUAUCGGUGAUGCGUGUGGCCGCCCAUGCUGGUGCAGCUUUGGUCAACUUCAGCGAGGAGUGCCCCAAGAACAUCAUCUCUAAUUAUUUACCGGAUAUGAUGAGCUCUCUCGAGCAAGUUUUGGAAGCGACUUACAAACAUCUGGUUGAGAAAAACAAGAAGUUGGUUCUCGAGCAAGUGAUAACAACUAUUGCGUCAGUUGCGGAUGCGGCCGAGGCUGAAUUCAUUCACUAUUACGAUCGAAUGAUUGUGCCUCUGAAGUUCAUCUUGCAAAACUCUGGUGGUGACGACUACAAGCUGCUUCGAGGAAAGACGAUCGAAUGUGUCUCACUUAUUGGGCUUGCUGUUGGACGGGAGAAGUUUGCGAAUGACGGGCAGGAAAUUAUGAACAUGCUUGCUGAUACGAUGCCAAAUCUUCCACCUGAUGAUCCACAAACCACUUACAUGAUCAGCUCAUGGACCCGGAUUUGCAAGGUUCUUGGACCAUUGUUUGCUCCGUAUCUUCCGCUUGUGAUGCCACCAAUUAUUCGGUCCGUCGAGUAUGCUCCCGAAGUGACUGUUGUUGACGACUCGGAAGCCAAUGAAGAUGAUCCUGCAUGGUCGUUCACGUCUGUUGGUGACAAUCGCUCGUUCGGGAUCAGAACGGCUGGAAUUGAGGAAAAGGUCACCGCUUGCGAAAUGCUCGUCUGCUAUGCUAGAGAGUUGAAAGAAAUGUUUGGUCCUUAUGUCGAGCAAGUGCUGCCACAUGUUCUCAAGAAUCUGAAGUUCAUGUUCCAUGAAGGAGUCAGGGAGUCGUCGGCUGAAGUGUUGCCAGCAUUUUUGGAGUGCUUCAAGCAACAAGGACCUGAAGUGAUGUAUCGGCUCUGGCAGACCUACUACCCGGCUUUGGAGGAAGCAUUGAAUUCCGAGCACGAUCUAGAUGUCCUUGCUGAGCAAAUCAAUUCCAUCGCAGAGGCCGUCACAUUGCUUGGAACCGCUCUUUCAAAUGAAGAACUUGCAAAGAUUGCGGAAAUCAUCAGGGAUCAGUUGACGAAUUUCGAGGAACGCCGUAAUCAACGAGAAGCUAAAGAGGUGGAUGAAGAUGCCGAUCCAGAAGACGCACACGAUAAUGCUGAUGAAGAUCAGGAAAGUGAUGCUAACUUGCUCGGUCGCGUGUCAGAUCUCUUCCAUGCUUGCUUCAAGUCGUUCGGUCCAACUUUCUACCCAAUGGUCCAAUCGAUUAUUCCUGGUAUUGUUGCUAUGAUUGAUCAAAGUCGCGAUUUCACGGAUCGUCAAUGGGCUGUUUGCAUGGUGGACGAUUUGAUUGAGUUCGCUCCAAAAGAAGCACAGCUCAUCCAACAAGCUUUUGCUCCUCGUUUGGUGGAGUGCUUGAAAGAUCAGCACCCUGAAGUGCGUCAGGCUACGUCGUAUGGAUUUGGAGUUAUGGCUCUUCAGGGCACACUUUUCACCGAUGUCUGCGUGCAAGUGCUUCCACUUCUGGCUGAAAUGAUUUCUCAACCUGAUGCUCGCGCAACUGAGGAAGGCACCACUGCUACCGAGAACGCUAUUUCUGCUGUCGCAAAGAUCUUGAAGCACUGUGGAGGACAAAUUGAUCAAGCUCAAGCUAUUCCACUCUUCCUCUCGUGGCUUCCAACAUGGAAUGAUCCUGAAGAGUCUGUUCACAUCUAUGGCUUCUUUGCUGAUCUGGUCGAAUCAAAUAACGCUUAUGUCUUGGGUGAGAACAACAGCGGAUUGCCUCUGAUUUGUCGAAUAGUUGUGCUAGCUUUUCACAACGGAGCUUUCGACGAUGAGGAUGAAAAUGUGACACCAGUCAAAACUCGGCUUUCAAAUAUUCUUCGCACGCUUGCACAAGAUCACGCUGUCUUCAGCAGUUGCAUCCAAGCUGCUGGACUCAACGAAGCCGAACAAGCCACGGUCAACAAGAUUGUUUCU